AUGGCUUUCGUUUGGCAAGAGCCAAGACUACAGAGCACGGGGGUGGUGAUCACCCACGUGCUCUCCUUGCGGACAAAGACUGCCCGCAUAGCGUCACGCCAAGACGAAGCAGAAGCGAAGCGUCUUCUGCAGUUGUGCCUCGAAGUGACAGACCCAACGCUGCAGCAGCUGAAGCAGAUUUGCAAGGCAGGGAAGACCAAGGACCGGGGUUAA